CCGGAGGUGCCUGCUGGGAGAGGUUUACUGCGCGGAGGAUUGUCUGGGUUCAGCAUCCCGUGGCCGCGGUCCCGAGUUGACAUCCAGCCUUGCGCCCCCUCCCAACGCCCUGGGUCGUGGGGUCCCGAGAGGCCAGCCGUCCUCCGGAACAAGCACCCUGAGAAGGAAGACGACUCGUAACGCAUCUUAAAGUCAAGGUUCAGAUGAGUUACCUUUUCGUUCGGUACAUGUCUGGUGUUGAGAGGACUCUGCAAUAUUUGCUUUCCCUGACCUGAAAUGCCCCCACCAGGACGAAUUCUUUGCCGAGAGGCGUGAUGGGGCCUUGCAGGUGUAUGCACAGAACAGAAGGACAGGGUGGGGAGGUUCGCGGUUGUGCUUGAUUUUAGCUGUGGUUUGGUCAGGAAGAUACUUGUUUUAAGGUGGGAUUCUCUGUCUUUCCCACAGGCCUGUCAAGAGUACAGUGAGAACAGAGAAGGUUUGAUUCUUGUGGCCACUAAAUAACAAAGUUUCCAGCUUGGUGAUGCUUUUAAAUUUAAAAAUUUUUAAAGUGGGGUUUGAGGGGCGCCUGGCUGGCCCAGUGAGUAGAGUGUGCAACUAUUAGGAAGUGUGCUGCCCGAGCGAGCAGGGGGGCGUGGAGCUCCUGAUCCUGGGGUCGUGAGUUCCAGCCCCACGUUUGCCAAGGAGCCCACUUAAACUUUUAAAAAAUAAAAUGAAAUAAAAUUUGAAGGAAUUGAGCCAUUAUUUUAAUAAGUAAAUAAAUAAAAAUGGGGUUUGAACAAGGGUCUUUAUCAUCAAAGGCAGGGAUUUUUUUUUUUUUCAGUGAUCAGUAAAUAGAAAUUUGUAUUGUCCACAUCUUUUUGGAAGUCUGACAGCUUCAGUCUGUUUCAGUUGCAUCUUUGUAUGAACUGCGAGAAGCAACGUGGCUUGAUGUUGAGUGUGAGUUCUGGGACUUAGAGCAGGGCUUGGCAGGCUUUCCCUCUGAAAGGUCACAUAUCGAACAGUUCAUGCUUUGUAGGCUACGUAUGGUUCCAUAUUUUUCUUAUUCAAUUGAUCUUGUUAAUUUUUACAGUGGUUUUAGAUUUGCAGAAAAAAUUGCAAAGUUGGUAGGGAGAAUUCCCCGGUACCCUGUACCCACUGUCCUGUUGUUAACAACGUACCUUAGUAUGGGAUAGUAGUUAAAAUUGGUGAGCCUGUUCUGAUACGUUAACUGAAGACCAUGCUUUAUUCAGAUUUCCUUAGUUUUUACGUAACAUUCUUCAUGUGUUCCAGGAUGCCAUCCCGGAGAUCACAUUACAUUUCGUUGUCAUGUGUCCCUAAGCUCCUCUUGUCUGUGACAGUUUCUCAGACUUUUCUUGUUUCUGAUGACCUUGAAGGUUUUAAGAGGUACAGGUGUUUGGUAGGAUGCCCCUGUCUUGGAACCUGAUGCUUUUCUUGUGAUUGGCCUAGGCUUUUGGUUUUGGGGGUGGGAGAUCACUACUUUCGUCAUGUCGUGGCAGGAAGACAAACCGUCAGCAUGAUUUAUGAUUGUGGAGUGUGUGCUUGGUUAUCUAGAUGAGGUGGUUUGUCAGUUUUCUCUACUAUGAAGCUCCUCCCAUUUUUCAAAGACCAGGUCUCCCCAGGGGACAGAUGCAUGUUUCAGAAGUCCUGUCUAGACUAGAACCUAGUCACGCUGAUCCUGACCCUGCCUCGGUGGUCACAUCUUUCUUUCUUCUCUCCUGCUCAUUCACUUGUAAGUGCAUUCACUGCAAUUAUGUUGGGCCUACCUGGCGUAAUUCGGGCUACGUCCCUGUCUUGAGGUCGGCUGACCAGCAACCCCAAGUCCAAGGCAACUUAACUCCCCUUUGCCAUGUAAUGUAAUGUGUUCACAGGCUCCAGGGUUAGGACAUGGACAUGUUGGGGAAACAGGCCUAUCCACGCACAGUUACCCUCAUGACCACAAUAUACCCACUCCCCCAUAACUGUGGAUUUUUUCUUUGUUGAUUUGUUUUAAACUGGGGACUAUCUUAAAUCCUGUUUCUUAUUGUGGAAUUAAUACAGGCCUGCAGCAAAGGUUGUUUCCUAAGGAGCUCGUAAAGAAGAUACUUGAAAUUACCCGUAGCUAUACCAUCCAGAGAUAAUUGCUGUUAAUAUUUUGGUAUGUGUGUUUCCAGCCCUUCCCCCCCACGCAUGGGUGUGUGCAUAUAUGUCUCCAGAGCAUUGGAUCCUGCCGAUACAUAAUUGAGCCACACAGUCUCCAAAUCUUGGUUUAUAGAGGAGUCCAGCUCAGCUGCGGGUGACAUGAUUCCUGUGUGCGCGUGGAGAGGAGAGCAGCGUGCCAGUGGGCCGCAUCUUGCUUUCCAAAAACCUCUCACACAUUUACACCUUAAAGGAUUAGAAAGACAUCAUUUGAAACUAAUGCCAUGAACGCAUGAUCAGUAAAGACAGGCUUUCAAAAUUUGGUUUUCUAGGAUUUUAAUUUUUCUUUCACAGAGCACGACAGGAGUCACUGAUACUAUAAAUACGAACUGCAUGUAAUAUUUCCAUGGGUGGAUAUUUGAGAAAAACAUAAGAAGACAGUAGUUUAAAACGUUCAUGUCAACAGAGGCACCUGGUUGGCUUAGUGGAACAUGCAACCCUUAGAGACAUGGGUUCAAACCCCAUAUUGAUUGGGUUUAGAGAUUGCUUAUUUUUUUAAAAUUAAAGUGUUCACAGAAAUCUUCCAUAUCACAUGGAAUAAAAGAUCUGGCCACAUCGGGGUUUCGUACGUAGCAGAGCAGCUCCCUCACUGCGGUCUAUUGAAAGUCAGCCCUCAACACAAGGGUUUGUAAGAAAAAAAAAAACAUAAAACAAAACAAAAAGAUCUGGCCACGGGCUAGUGUUCUCAGUUUGGCAUCUCCUCCGUUUGUUUUAUUUAUUUUAGACAGAGUGUGUGAGCAGGGGGGGAGCAGAGGGAGAGUCUCAGGCAGACUCUGCGCCCAGCAUGGAACCUGUUGGGGGCUCGAUCUCACAACCCUGAGAUCAUGACCUGAGCCAGAACCAAGGGUCGGACACUUAAGACUGAACCACCCAGGCGCCUCUCAGUUUACAUUCUUUGAGCUGGAUUUUCCAUGCAGAAGCAUGUCCGUCCCUCUCUGCUGGUGAAGAGGGAACAUUUCCUCCUUAUAUGUCUUAGACUCUUCUUUUUUUGCUAAUGUUAAUAUAAAAGAACUUCGUUUUUAAGAGGCUCUGAAAGUUUUGAGUUAGUGUGGAUUAUAGAGGCCGCAGUUGUGAGUGCGUGUUUUAGCAUAAGAAGAAAGAAGGUGGGCUUGAGUUUUUUCUAGAAAAUCAGAUUAAGGGUUGUGUAAUUUACUGAUUUUCAAUUAUAACUGCUAAAUUGUAUUAAGUAACUGUUGAUAUUACUGUGUUUUACGUAGAUUAUCUUCCUAAAAGUUUGAUGCAGUCUUACCUGGCAGGUGCUGUUUCUACCCCAGUCUUCCCGUGGGGAAGAGACAGUGUGAGGUUAGUAAUGGUCAGAGCUCAGAUUCACAUCCUGAAAGUCAGACCACAGAGCCUUAUUCUUACUUUCACCAAGAGCUCUCCUCCCACAUUAUGCAUACAUUAUUAAACCUACCUUCUUCACUUAGUACUUCAGCUUAAAUUUCUUUCUCAAAUAGUAUAAGUCAGUAUCAUUAUUAGUAAGCACAUUAGAUGCAAUUAUAGCAGACAUAAUUUAUUUAAUCUCUUUUAUAUGAGAUAUUUCUGCCUUUUUUUUUUUUCAUUUUUUAAAAUGAUUCUCUGGAAAAUCUGAAUAAAAUUGGUGGUUGACAUCAGUAUCAAUGUCCUGGUCGCUACAUCGUACUACAUAUUUGUGACGUAUUACCAUUGGGGUCAGCCGGGGGAAGGGUGUGGGAUCCCGCAGUAUUACGGCUUACAGCUCCACAUGAAUCUACACUUAGUUCAGAGAGUUCUUUGGAACCUGGCCCUUGAACAUUCUGAUACAUACAUUUGUGCACUACUCUAUCUGUUUCCAAGGGAUAAGUCCAGAAAGUAGAAUGCGGCAGCCGAGCCGUACGUACUCUUGUUAAGUGCCUACAAUACGAUAGCAGUGCUUAGAAUAGCAGGUGGCUGAGAGGACGUUGUCCCCUGCCCAUUGCUUAUGAGCCAGCCGGAAAGGGAAACGGAAUGGAAGCCCAGGGCGGCCUGUGGUCACGGCCUGUGGAGACUUCUAGGUGACUGUGCCAUGAGAGGUGCUGGGAAGGGAACAUCAUUCUCUUGUCAGGUCAUGACAGGAUCAUUCUGAACACAUGGGCUCUGUGUGGAGUACAGUGGAAUUUGUUUGCUAAGUGUUACACCUUACAUGUUUUCUUUAAUGAUGUUGAUGCAAAGUGAAGCCUGCAGGGUCCCCUGGUGUAGGGUUCCACAGGAUGCCAUGGCUGGAGGAACGAGCUCAGAAGUCAAGUUCAGCCUCCCGCCCAGAUAGCCGUCAGCACGCACGGGACGUCCUUCAGAAUCUUAGUCAUUUUUCUAGUCCGUGCCCUGACAUAUGUGGGUGUAGGUAGACAUCAAAAGAGUUGCUUUAGGUGUUAGGAAGCGAAAGGAAACAAAAGUUGUGAGUGAAAUAAUGCAAAGAUACCUCAGAAGGAAACUGUUUAAAAAGAAGUUUCUCUGAGAGUCUGUCGUUUCAUGAAUUAAAAAGAAACGCACACACAUACACAUGUCAGGCCAAUGCCUUGCUCCUCUUAGACACCCCGUGAGGUGUCCUUAAAAAGAAGAAAAGCAAGGUCAAAGGGUGUGUCCAGGUGUCACCAGGACCACCACCAGGUUCUGUGGUUCUCUGGGUGGACUCACAGGAUUCAACACGUAGUCCUGUCCAAGGCCAGGAUUUAUGCAAUGAAAGGAUACUCCGCACCAUCAGCAGAGGGACAGGUGCGUGGGACAGACGACACUGGAAGGAAACCAGGCACACACUUCCCAGAGCGCUCUCCCAGUGCAGGCACGUAGGACACGCACAAUCACUCCAGCAGCAAGUUACAGCAACACCAGCGAAGCCUUGUCCACCGGGGAAGCUCAUGUGGGCGGGGAAGGCCAGGGUUUUUAUCAGUCACAGGGGACCCUCUCUCUGGCACAUACCAAAGUUCCAGACUCCCAGAGGAAAGCACGGGCUCAGCAGGAUAAACCACAUCAUUCAUACAAACAGCUGAAGAGCCGUGAGCCGCUCCUCAGUCAGUCAGGGAACCACGGGGACCCUCUGGAGGUCCGGUCAUGGGCCAGUCUCGCAAGCAGUUUACUGCUCGUUACUCUUUCUGCACAAGGGAUCGUGACCUUCCCAGGCCUUUUUUUGUUGUUUCUCUGUUUCUGUUUUAUAUCUCUCUUGGGACUAGAAGGAUUCCUAGAACUCCCCUGGGAGCCGUUCCACUCAGAGUUCCCAGUAAAUACAGGGAGAAGAUGUAGAUUCACCCCAGCCAGGGAAACAAGGCCAUAAGCUCAAGUCCCGGAGUGUCCCCAGCAUGGAGCUUCCAGUGUCCUCUCCCACUGGAGUCGGGACCGGGUGCUCUGUCGGCAUCGAUGCAGGACAGUAUGCAUAGAGGACUGCCAGCCAGGGAAGGUCACCGAGCUUCACAACCCAGAGUUUCCGCUGGGGCUUCAGCACUUGGGCACAGUUCCCUGGUCGAUCAUCCAGACGUGGCUGACUCGUCUGUGUGUCAGUCUUAGUUCCCAGGCCAGUCGAUAACGCACAACCCAAAGCACCACCCUGAAUCUCCUGGUGGGUCUUCUUGGUGUAGUCAGUUCCCGUCCUACAACUGGUCGGGGAUGGCCAGCUGCACCCAAAACCAAGACCUUCCUAUCAGGUGUAAUAUAGAUUACCUCUUAGAAGUAGGGGACGAAAAACAAAAAGGAAUGAGAUCUUGCCAUUUGCAACAAGAUGGAUGCACCUAGAGAGAUGAUGCUCAGUGAGAAGAGAAAGGUAAAAACCCUAUGACUUCACUUCUACGUGGCAUCUAAACAAUAAAUCAUAUGAACAAACGAAAACAAAAACAAACCCAUAAAUCCGGAAAACAGAUAAACAUAGUUUCCAGAGGGCAGGGGUCCAAAAUGGGUGAAGGGGAGCAGGAGACCCAGGCUUCCAAUUCCAGAGUGAGUCCUGGGGAGGGAAGUCACCGCAUAGGGAACAUAGUCUGUGGUGACGUGUGGUGACGGAAGGCAGCUACGCCUGUGGCAUGUACGGUAUAACGUACAGGUUUGUGGAAUCGCCGUGUUGUACACCUGACACUAACUAACAUCGUGUGUCAUCAUAGUUCAGGUAAAAAAAACUAUGUUGAGGGGUGCCUGGCUGGCUCAUUCGGUGGGGAAUGCACCUCUCAAUCUUAGGGUCAUGAGUUCAAGCCCCAUGUGGGCAGUAGAGCAUACUUCAAAAAAAAAAUUGUUUUUAAGUUACAUUGAGAAACAACAGAUAAAAGUAGGUGUGACUUCAAGGCACAAACAAAUAAAAACUGUUCUGUGUGCACAGCUGGGUUUUAUAGGGCUUCAGGAAGGUUAUUUUUCCGUUUUGUUCGCGUCCCUCUUCAUCCUUUCUGGAUUCAUCAUGUUGAUGUGUGUGUCUUAUGGGGGAGGAAACAGCCGGAGUCGGGGGGCUUGGAAGCAAAGAUGGGGGACCAGUAAGCUCGUAUUAAGUCAUUUGGGGACCAAGGUGCACUUAUCUUAAUGCCUGUUUUUUUCUCGUCUAUCUCUGGCUUCUUUGGAUUUUGUGUCUUUGAUAAAAGAAACCCCAAGAGGACAGAUCAGUUGAUUCUAGAACUAUGGCGCACGUGAGUAUAUAUUUCUUUCCUUCUUAAAAUGCAUUUAGGUCCCGUGGCUGUUCUAAUUAUCCUGAAGCCCCUGCCCAUCCCAGGCCCACAUGAUGACCCACUGCCAGGUUCUUCCUAUUCUGGCGAACGGCAGUGCCGUAUAGCCCUUGCCCACCUGUGUGACUAAUGCUCACUUCACCCCUGAGCUGGGCAUUCCGUGUCCCCUCUGUGCUCACCUUGCCGUCAAGAGGAAUCGGGAGCAGGAGGGGAGGAGAGUCCCUUGAGAGAAAUACGAGUCAUGGGUGUGGUUUAUGAGUUGCGGAUGCUGCUCCCAUUUGACCGCAUGCAAAAACUGGAACUCCCUGCCAUUCUCCACCGGCAGUUUUCCCCCCCACGCAGAGGGCGGGGGGGGGGGGUAGUUCCCGGCUCUCCCGGUCAGUGGUGGUGAGAGCUGGAGCUCCAUGAGGCUUUUGGGAUUGGCUUGGACUGUGAUGGGGGCCCGAGCGCUGAGAGGCCUCGAGGUUACCAGGGGAUAUGAAGGGCACCUGCUGAGCACACCCUGCACACCGGCGAGCGUCCCCAGCGUUUGACAGCAGUCCCCUCAGUCAGGAGCAGAGAAAAGCCUGGGGUGUGGUGGGUUGUCACGGCCCCCCAGUGCAGAAGUCGCAGGUGAUCAUAUACCCCCAGAAUGGGGGAAAGCCUUAGACAUUUGGUUGUACCUAAGUGUACAACUGUAAGAAUUAAGUCCAGUCCAUCCCUGCGAUGGAAUAAGAAAAUGCUUUUGUCGUCACGUAGGAAGAAUGCUUAAAACCUUGGCAAAAUGAUGACCUUGAGGCUGAGAAUAUUCAGACACAUAAACCCUCGUUUCAAAAAUAAAAGCUGUCACUUCACACUUCAGAAACAAAAGCCUAGACCUUUUCUUUCCCUGGGAGGGUGGAAAGGGUGCCGCAGGCGUCCACGCUUGCCGAGACGUGACAAGGCAGGCCCGUAGCGGGCCCUGUGCUUGUGAACAGGAGCAGCCCGGGAUGGGUUCGCGCCUCCUGACGGCUUGGGGUGAUGAGGUGUUGCGCAGGGUGUGCGCUUUCUCUGCGGCAGCGGGCUCUUCGGGAGCAUUAGGGGCUCUGCUCUGUCCCAGUCCCCACUGUGCCCUGUACACCUCGAAGGCCUGUGGUCUGCUGCUGUGUCCAGCCCAACCCAGAGCAGAGCCCUCUCUCUGCUGUCCUUCUCAGGGACGUGUGGGUUUGUGUUUUCAGGGUUUGGUGACAUUCUCAGACGUAGCCAUCAACUUCUCUCAGGAGGAGUGGGCGUGCCUGGACUCCUCGCAGAGGGACCUGUACUGGGACGUGAUGUUGGAGAACUACAGUAACCUGGUCUCCCUGGAUUUAGAGUCACCAUAUGGGACCAAGAGUUUGCCUACAGAAAAGGGCCUUUAUGAAAUAAAUUUAUCCAAAUGGAACUCAAAUGGAAAAAGUAAAUCCCUUGGCCUUGACUGGAUGUGUGAAGGUGAGUGUGAAGGACCACGGGGCCCUCAAGAGGGCUGUUUCAAUCAAAUGAUAAUCAACUGUGAGAAAACGCCUACUUGUAGAGAAAAUACCUCUGUUAGACCACAUCAGAGACUUCAUACUAGGGAGAAUUCCUAUGAAUGUAAGGAAUGUGGGAAGGCCUUUAGUCGUGGCUACCAGCUCACUCAGCAUCAGAAAAUCCACACGGGUGAGAAACCCUAUGAAUGUAAGGAAUGUAAAAAGGCCUUUCGUUGGGGUAAUCAGCUCACUCAGCAUCAGAAAAUCCACACGGGUGAGAAACCCUAUGAAUGUAAGGACUGUGGGAAGGCCUUUAGAUGGGGUUCAAGCCUCGUCAUUCAUAAGAGAAUCCAUACGGGAGAGAAACCCUAUGAAUGUAAGGACUGCGGGAAAGCCUUUAGACGUGGUGACGAGCUCACUCAGCACCAGAGAUUUCACACUGGGGAGAAAGACUAUGAAUGCAAAGACUGCGGCAAGACCUUUAGCCGUGUGUAUAAACUAAUUCAGCACAAGAGAAUUCAUAGUGGUGAAAAACCCUAUGAAUGUAAGGACUGUGGGAAGGCCUUUAUCUGUGGCUCGAGCCUCGUUCAGCAUAAGAGAAUUCAUACUGGUGAGAAGCCCUACGAGUGCCAGGAAUGUGGGAAGGCCUUCACUCGAGUCAAUUAUCUCACCCAGCAUCAGAAAAUCCACACUGGUGAGAAACCUCACGAGUGUAAGGAGUGUGGGAAGGCCUUUCGCUGGGGUUCGAGCCUUGUUAAACAUGAGAGAAUUCAUACUGGUGAGAAGCCAUAUAAAUGCACAGAAUGUGGGAAGGCCUUUAAUUGUGGCUACCACCUCACCCAGCACGAGAGAAUCCACACGGGUGAGACGCCUUACAAGUGUAAGGAGUGUGGGAAAGCCUUCAUCUAUGGGUCAAGCCUCGUUAAACAUGAGAGGAUUCAUACAGGGGAAAAACCCUAUGAAUGUAAAGAGUGUGGGAAGGCCUUUAGUCAUGGCCAUCAACUUACACAGCAUCAGAAAAUUCACACUGGUGAGAAGUCCUUUUGAGUGUAAGGAAUGUGGGAAGCAUGUAACCACGUGAACCAUCUUAGAGAACAUCAGUGUUCACGCUGCUGAUGAACCUUUUGAACAAAAAGAGAGGACAGAAGCUUCUAUAGAGCAUUCCUUCCUUCCACAGCACAAGGAAAAUCCAUGAUACCGUUUAGCCUGGGGAAGCCUUCACUGGUCACUCUUGUUUAUAGCUCCUCAGAAUAGUCAUGCUCAAGGCACAUUUGGAGAAAUCCCUUCUUCAUGAUCACAACACACUAAGUGUAGACUUGUUUUUUGUGGUUUUUUUUGUCUUGCUGAAUUGGUUUCAUGGGUGGAUAGAAGCCUCCCUCCACCAUUCAAGCUCUAUCUCAGAUUUGUUCUAGGGAAUAACUCUGCUAAUGUAACCCAUGUGGGAGAGUGUCCCGCCAUGGUACACACCCUCCCUGUUACCAUCACCAUCCCACCCCUUUACUCCUGUGACACACUGGAAAAAUGACCUUGUUACCCCUGUGCGUUGUGUGUGAGAUGGGGACAAUCACACCUGCCUAAUACUGCUGUUGUGGUGACUGAGUUUGGUACAUGUAAACUCUGACGGUGUAUCUGGAACACUGUGUAAGCUCAAUAAAUAUUAGCUGUUGUUCUUACCAUCA